UGGGCGUGGUCCGGCUAACAUCAGCUGCAGAUGUGUCGCUGCGUCUGCGGUUCCGUCCAGCGGAACCACCCCACCGGAACCCCACAGAGACGUCCCAGAACCAACCGAGUCGCUCCGACUGCUCGGCGACAGGGCGUGGCAGAAGAAGAAGAGGGCCGGUGUCGAGAGGAAGCUUGAAGGGGUUGCUAGCUAGCUAGCUUGCUAAGUCACCAUGGAGACGGAAGGAGAAAAGAAGCAGCAGCAGGAGCCGUCGGCCAAUGAGAGCAAUGCGUCUGGAACGAGUGCCCGCCCCUCUGCCAUGAACUCCAUGUCUCUGUAUGAAAGACAGGCUGUGCAGGCCCUGCAGGCGCUCCAGAGGCAACCGCACGCCGCUCAGUACUUCCAGCAGCUGAUGCUGCAGCAGCACAUCAACAAGGCGCAGCUGCAGAACCUGGCAGCCGUGCAGCAGGCGAGUCUGGCUGCGGGUCGUCCGCCCGGCCCAUCCAGCGGUGGCUCCGCUCAGACCGCUAGCUCCUCAGCAGCCAGCGUGACGUCUGGUUCCACCUCCCCAGCCAGCAGCCGCCCCGUCGGCGUCUCAGCAACGACCACCAUCAGCCAGUCGGUUCUGCUGAGUGGGGGGCCUGGGGGACGGGGACAAAUGUAUCUGAGGGUCAACCGCUCUCUGAGAGCGCCCAUCUCCUCGCAGCUCAUUUUCAUGCCCGGGAACACGGCGACCGCUGCUGUGGCGACCGUCCCUCAGCUGCCUCAGCCUCGGAAACAGGAAGUAGUGGCCACAUCCUCCUCCAGCUGUCAAACUGAUGGCGAUCAGGUCCAGAACCUGGCUGUUCGGGGCGUGUCCGGUGCAAAAGUUGUCAAGACUGAGAAGAGCGAUGCAGCUGCCUACUCGCUGGUCCAGUCCACCCCCCAGACUCCCAACAAAGCCAGUCAGCUUCAGCCGCCCCCCAUCAAAAUCCCUACCUAUCCUCAGCCCACCAACCUCAAAGCACCCCCUCCUUCGUCCUCUUCUGGCUCCGCCUCCUCCUCUGUCCCUCUCUCACAACUUUUGCUUCACGGGGCCCGGACCCUCGCCACAGGGACUGCGCCCCCCGCUGCAGCACAUGCUCUGGUCCUCACAUCCACCGCGGCGUCGCAGGCACGCGCGUACCCAGUCGGCACGGCGACCAUCAAGCCGGCGGUGAGCGCUCAGACGUUAGUGGUGCAACCUCUGCAGAAGAGCUCAUUGGGCGGGGACAAACUGGGUCACGGCAACGGUCCCGUUCCCAUCCAGCCUAAAACUCUUCAGGGUCUGCGCCUGCCCCUGCAGCUACCUUCCAGAAACCCCCCUCCUAUCAUGCCGGCUCCGCCACCAGCCAGCAGCACCGUCCAGACGCCACACAUCCCCAUACAGAUCGUGGGCGCCAGGCAGAGCACGCUGGGAAAUGGCCAGGCGUUAGCCUUAGCCCGGGGGGGAUGCGGACAGGAAGGGGCCGCCAUCCUCGCCAGCUCAUCCAGCCUGCUCACCAUGGUGGCGUCCAUUGCCUCUAGAGAGAGCGGGGUCAUUGGUGCAGGGCUGGGUGUGAAGGCUCUGUCCCAAGAGACCCCCCCACUCCCCCUGACCUCUAAAGUUGGCAGUCAGAGUCAGAAUGGACCCCUCACUGUAAGCCCCGCCUCCUCUCAGUCUGCUACGGUCUCCUCUCCUGCUUCCUUGCUUCCCCGUGCCCCCCUGGCGACCAAUGGCGACUCAGCGGACAGUCCGACAGCGCAGGUAAAAAACGCGACCGGCUCACUCAAACGCAAGUUGGAGGAAGAUGCCCCCUCCCCCCCGAAGCUGCUUCCCAUUAAAGAUGGCGUCUCGGCUCGCGCCCCUGUUUCCAUGGAAACAGUCUCCGCCCCUCCUCCAGCCCCACCCUCCCUGCCAGUGUCACGGGGGGCCUGUGGUCGAAGAGAGAAGGCUCCUCCCCCUCAAGCCGUGGUUAAACCGCACGUCCUCACGCACCUCAUCGAGGGCUUUGUCAUCCAGGAAGGGGCGGAGCCUUUCCCUGUGUGUGGACCAAUCAAAGACUCAGCAGGGGAGGAUGAGUCUGUUACCACGGAAACGGUGUUGGAGUGCGAGUACUGUAAGAAGUACGCCCCCGCCAGCCAGUUCCGAGGAAGUAAAAGGUUUUGCUCCAUUUUGUGUGCCAAGAGGUACAACGUCAGCUUCAGGCUUCGUGUGCGGCAGGCCCGGGACUGCAACCCGCUCCCCCGUCAAGGUCACCUGUCCCACUCGGACGACGAAGGAGGCGCGGCCAGGAGGAGGGUUCCUCGCAGGACCAGCUCGGAGAUAGCGAGCGCCAAGAUAGCGGGAAGGCCGCUUCCUGUCACGCGCCGCUCCGAGUCCAGCCGCUCAGACACGGAGUCCAGCGGCGAGGAGGACGAGGACAACCCCGUGUCUCUCUCGCCCGCCUCCUGCCACGCCAAGGAGACUUCCACCCUCAGCUGCCCGCCUUCAAGCCCCACCCACUGGAGCGUUGACCAAGUGUCGCAGUUUAUUUCCUCGUUACAAGGCUGCGAGGAGCUGGCCUCACACUUCAUGUCUCAGGAGAUUGACGGACAGGCCCUGCUGCUGCUGAAGGAGGAGCACCUCGUCUCCACCAUGAACAUCAAGUUGGGCCCCGCCCUCAAGAUCUGCGCUCACAUCAACAACCUGAGGGACUGAGGCUGGCCCAAAGUGGAGGUACCAAACCUGUCCUAUUUUCUGUGACCAAACGUUGGACAGAAGAAAGGAAGUCAUGCAGUUUUAUGAUUCGUUCAUUAGUGGUUUUGUCUUUGAGUCCAUUUGGGACCACGUCCUCAGUGUUGACGUUAGUCUCAUUAGACAAAACCUGAAAAGGACAUCCCAGGAGUCGGUUUUGGACUCCUGAUUGUCCAAACCAUAUUUUUUACGAUCAGUCCGACCUGAUCCGGACUUGGACUUGAUCAUGUCGGACUAAACAAGCACUUGGACAUGAGUGGGUGCAUAGGUCCACCCUAACGUUCUGUGUUAUGUGUGUGUGUUUGUAUUUAACUAGAGUGUGUUCUGUUUGGACCUUGACAACUUUAUGGAUCUUUCAAUCCAGCGUGACCUUGGUCAAGGACGUUAUCCUGUAGCAACAUUUUAUAGCUUGCUAGGUAGAGAUUGACAUCAUCAGUGACUUCUAGAAGGUUCUGGGGUCAUCAUCAGAUGUCCGACCUCUAUUUAUUCCUUCCAAAGCACUUAACCGUGUAAGAAACAAAAAAGUGUGAACAGGGCAAGCCUGCUACGAAACUCAACGUGUUCAGAAUCUUAGCGAAUAAAACAUGAAGGAUUUGGUUGAAAUGAAGCAGAGUGCUGCUUUUUAUAGUCGUCUGUGCCAUUGCCAUGGAUACAAGGCUUUUCUUCCAAAUGCUGGGAUGCAGGCUUUUUUUUUUUGCAGAGAGCAGAGACCAUUGUUUGUGCCGCUAUACUUGAAACAGCGCCCCCUGCCUUCAUGUGGCGGAAUAAGGAUGGAAACAGAAGACCAGAUAUAAUCAGUGACAUACUUCAGUUUACAAAGAAGGUGAAGAAGGUCCUCUUUGAGCGUCUGGGGGCCAUUUGUGGUCCAUUUGUGGCACAUUGUAAAAAUAUAAUUUAAUUAGAAAACCAAAAAAGUUAGAAUUUUACAAGAAUAAAGCCAAAAUAUUCAGAGAAAAAGGUUCCAAUCUAAGAAAAUGUAUUUUACAAGAAUAACAUGAGGAAAAAUAACUUCAUUUCAGUAGCAUAAAGUUAAAUGUUUUUAGGUUAAGGGUGCACAUAUAAGUCUUUCUUGCAUCAUCCAUUUAUUCAGUCAUUAAAUACAAGCCAUCAGCAACAAAAGCAAAGUGUCCGCUGACCCAAUCUCAUGGAUAAUCUUAUCUUGCGAGUUAGCAUCAACAUUCCACCUUUUUUCCUAUUCGCAUUGUGCAUGUGUGCUCUAUUUUUCUCAUUUUUGCUGAUCUUUGUUGUUUUUUGCUAAUAAAAGCAAGCCCAGUGCUGCAUUUGGGACACCCCUGCUUUAAGGCAAGGGAGGUUUGAUUUGAUUAGCAUAUUGGAUGUUGAUCAUGAGAAUGAAUGCUAUAAAAUAUAUAAUAACACUAAUUUAUAACAUGUUUUACCAGUCAAAGUUCCAGGUUUUCAUCACAUAGUCAACUCGUUGGCUCCUCCCCCGUGUGUGUCCUCAUGUGAUGGACCAAAGCUGACCGCCGACUGUAGCUGCUGUUGCAGAUUGAGCAAGAGAAAGGUUUCUCUCCGGUGUGACUUCUCUCGUGUCUGGCCAAACUGCCUUUCUGGGAGAAUUUGACACCGCAGAGUGAGCAAGUGAAAGGUUUCUCUCCAGUGUGAAUGCGAGAGUGAACGAUUAAGUCGGAGCGCUGGCACAAACUUAUGUUGCAGAUGGAGCAGGUGAAGGUCUUCUCUCCCGUGUGAGUCGUGGUGUGUCUCACUAAGCUGCCUUUCUGAGAGAACCUGAGACCACAAAGUGAGCAGGAGAAAGGUUUCUCUCCGGUGUGAAUGCGACAGUGGGCAAUUAAAUUGGAGCGCUUCUUAAAGGUUUUGCUGCAAAACGAGCAACUGAAAGGAGUUUCUAGCGUGUGAAGGGACAUGUGGGUUGUCAGGUUUUUCCUUUUUCCAAAACGUUUGUCACAUUGAGAACACUGAAAGUGUUUCAUGCGGUCCCCCUUCAGGGGUUCUUCAGUGUGGUCGCUGUCACCAGUGUCCGUAGAUGCUGGCGAUGCUGUGUCUUCACAGUCUGACAGUGCACCUAAGACCAGGUCGGCCUCUUGACGGCUCGCCUGCUCCUUUCUCUGAUGACACUGUGACCACUCGCCUUGCUCCUCAUCAUCACCUUCACUCUUCACGUGUACCUUGCUGAUGUCAGCCUCCUCCAGCCACUCACGCUCCUCUUCCUCCUGACUGAUGCUGUGCUCAUCCUCUUCCUCUUUAAUGUGGGGGGUCUCUGGCUCCUCUUCCUUCACCUUGAAGCUCCGCUGCUGCUGCUCCUCUUCACCAACGACCACUUUCAGCACGUCUGAUGGCAAGACUGAAACGCAGAUCAACAGUUUUACGUAAACCUAUGACAAAUAGAGAGUAAAUAUCAGGUGUGGCUAACAACAGUAAAGAGCAUGGAGCUAAUUUGGCCCAGACCACGCCACUUUGUGACGUAUAUGUUUAAUAUUUCUUUAACAUAAGCUGGCUCUGUCAUCUAUUUUGACUCCUAAAAAUGUGUGGUACCAAAUAACAUUUUCUUUCAUUUAGGUUCAAAUACAUUUUUAACAACCCUCCUUUUUCGUUUGGAAGGGAAUUCAAUUGACUACAUCCGUGU